AUGACGUCUUGUGCAAGGGAAACCGUUGACCUGCACGAUUGCCUAGAAUUGGUCACUGGACUUGCACGACAUGCCGGAAAGGUAUUGCUAUAUUGAUAAUAUAUAAUAUUAUAUUGAAGUAGCUAACAUACCGUCCUUCUCCUAUUUCAAUACCUAAAAAUAUGGGAUGAAUGAAGUUUAUCUAUGAAGCAAUUUUUGAGUCUUGUUCUACCAAAUGUAUGAUUAUGCAUGCCUAAUAUGUUAGUACUUUUAAUAAAAGUCGUUUCCCAUUGAGAUCGUUAUUCAAUUUAUUAUUAUAUAAUAUUAUGAUUGUACAAACAAAUGCCAUGUAAAUUGAUUCCCUACGUUUAUAAUACAAUAUUUUUUUGUAGAUCAUUAAGUCUCGAAUAAAUCAAAAGAAAACUAUAGAGACAAAAGCCAACGCUAUUGACUUUGUCACUGAAACCGAUCAAGAAGUGGAAAAAUUGCUCAUUGAAGGAAUUAAACAAAAAUAUCCAAAUCAUAAGUAUGUUGGAAGGAAUUCAAAAAAAUAAAAUAAUAUAAAAAAUAAAAUUUAAGGUUUAUCGGAGAAGAAUCAUUUGCUGCUGGCGAGAAAGAGGUGUUGACUAGUUCACCCACUUGGGUUAUAGAUCCUGUGGACGGUACCACUAAUUUUGUGCAUAGCUAUCCAAAUGUUUGCAUAUCUAUUGGUCUUUCUAUUGAUUGCGACAUCAAGUUAGGUAUUAUCUUCAACCCUAUCUUGGACAUGUUUUUUAGAGCGAUAAAAGGCGAAGGCGCAUUUUUAAAUGAUGAACCCAUUAAAGUCAGUGGCGUCAAAAGUAAUAUUUCUUGGCACCUAUAAUACCAAAUUUGUAAUUUUAAUUUUUUUUUUUUUUUUUUUGGUUAUUUUAGAAUUAAGUGAUGCUUUGGUUGCUGUAGAAUAUGGUUCACUCAGAACUGAAGAAUUUAGGAAUAUUGUGGAUCACAACAUUAAAUAUUUAGCAUUGAAUGCCCACGGGUAAAGUUUUAAUUGUGUACUGUUUCACAACAGAAUUCUUGCAUUCAAUUUUACAGGUAAACAUAAUAUUUCUUUUUUCUAGUAUUCGUGCUGCUGGUUCAGCUGCUUGGAAUUUGGCUCAAGUUGCAAGAGGAGCUAUUGACUUGUAUGUGGAAAUGGGUAUUCAUGCUUGGGAUAUGGCAGCGGGCGAUAUUAUUGUCAGAGAAGCUGGUGGUACUGUACUCGAUCCAGCCGGUAAUCAAUAUUAAGGAUUAAUAUAUUACAAUAUAAUGUGUACUUUGAUGAUAAUACUUAUAAUAUAUUAUUAAUUUCAGGUAAAACAUUUCAUUUGAUGCAUCGUAGAAUACUAGCUACAUCAUCAACAGAGAUUGCCAAUGAAGUGUUUCCAAAUUUUAAACACUAUUAUCCAGAUCAUGAUUAA